AUGCAAGACGAUAAAAUCAAUUCGAAAGAUGAUAUAUCAUCAAGUUCCUCUUGUGAAGAGAAUGAUGAAAAUAAGAAUAUUUUAAAUCCUCCAAAUCGUACAAAAAUGAGUAAAGGAGAAAGAAGGGCUAGAAAAAUGCUUGUUAAAUUAGGUUUAAAAGCUAUACCUAAUGUACAUAAAGUAAUUAUAAAGAAAUCACAAAAAAUGGUUUUUGCAGUUUCAAAUGUAGAGGUUUAUAAAGUUGAGGGAACAGAUUCUUAUGUUAUUUUUGGAGAUGCAAAAACUGAUGACAUAACAAAUUCUAUUAACAAUUUCAUGCCUGAAAAUCUACCAAAAGAUGUUGAUGUUCCAGUGGAACCAGAAAUUAAUUUUGAAGCCGCAGAUAAGGAAGAGCAAAAAGUUAAAGACUUAGAUGACGAAAAAGUUGCAGAUGUUUCGAUGGAUGAUGUUGAACUUAUCAUGUCACAAACAAAAUGUAGCAGAGAUAUGGCCAUAUCUGCUUUAAGAAAAAACAACAACGAUCUUGUUCAAUCAAUUAUGGAAUUAAGUGGUUAA